AAAAAAGCCCCUGCCAGCCGCUAUGUCUGACAUAACGGUGUUUAAAUUUUCAUUUGUGUGGGUGAAGAUCCGUAAAGUUCGGUGCACAAAUAUUUAAAAUAUUUGUUGCAAAAUAACUAUAUAAAGUAGAGAAAUGAAGUUCAAAUGAUAUUUCUAUUUUGUUUUUCAGAAAAUAGUAUCGAAUAACAGCUAACAAAUCAUGUCACAAGAAGUAAAAACUCCAACUUUAACAUUUCAAGACUAUGGAAUUUUCUUCCAUGGUCUUUGGCCAGGGAAUCCAAAAUUCACUGAGAAGGAUUAUCCAUCAUUAGAUGGUAAAGUUGUUAUUGUUACUGGUGCCAAUUCAGGGGUUGGUUAUCAAACUGUCAAAUCACUUUUAGGUUCUACUAAAGCUAAAGUUUACUUUUUUGCUAGAAAUGCUGAAAGAGCUGCAGAAGCUAUUCAAAAGAUCGAAUUAGAAGUUGCUGCUGAAUACAAGAAAACUCGUUUAGACGUUCAUUUCAUACAAAUAGAUUUAAGUGACUUGACUUCCAUUAAACCAGCAGUAGAUAAAUUUCUUGAAUUGGAAUCUCGUUUAGAUAUUGUCAUUCAUAAUGCUGGUGUUAUGUUUCCAAAAGAAGGUGCUACUACCAAGCAAGGGUUUGAAUUACAAUUAGGUACUAAUAACAUUGGUCCACAUCUUUUACAGCACUACUUAGAUCCAAUUUUAAUUAAAACUUCUAAGCUUAACAAGGUGAAUGAAUCCAGAAUUGUUUGGGUUUCUUCAACUGCCAGUUUCUUAGCUCCAACUGGUGGUAUUCAUUAUGCUGAUCCAAAUUUCUCCAAUACUCCAAAUCCAGAUGAAAAAAUUGUUUAUGGUCAAAGUAAAGCAGUAAAUAUCUUACAAAGUAAACAUUGGAAUAUUGCACAUCCAGAAGCUACAAAUGUGGUUAACGCUUCUCUUUGUCCUGGUUAUCUUAGAACCGAACUUCAAAGAAAUGCUAAAGGGUUUGAAGCUUUCUUGUACAGAAUUUUAUUCCAUGACGCUAGAUACGGGGCUUAUACUGAAUUAUUUGCUGCCUUAUCACCAGAAGUCAAUACUAAGAAUACAGGUGCUCAUGUUAUUUCUUUUGGAACUGUUAGUCGUGCUAGAGAUGAUUUGUGUGAUCCAGCAAAUGCAGAAAAGGCUUGGAAUUUCUUAGAAGAACAAAUCAAACCAUACGUUUAAUUUAAAACAGAAUUAAUCUUAUCUUGAGUUUAUAUUUAUUAACUAGCUGUAUUUUUGUGUAUAUUUAUUAUUCAAUACUUAGUUUCUUUUCAGUAAUUUGCAACACAACAAUCGUAAACUUCCGAUUCCGUUAAAAAAUGGCAAAAUUUGUUAUUCUUUCAGAUUUGAUAUGUUCCGCACAAAUGAUAAGUUCCGAAACCUAGCAUACUUAAGAAAUAUAUAAAUAUUUACAAAUGUCUGGUUGUAGGCAUUUGAUGAAUUUUAUUUUUUAUUUGUUUUGACUGACGACCAAGACAAAGGUUAUAAACAGAUAAUGUCUUUUGGAAUCUGCAAUUCAAAAAAAGAAUAUUAAUAUUAAGUAGUCCACUA